AUGUUUCGAGUUUCAGAGUCCACUUCUUGUUGCUACCGUUGCAUCAUCGGUGCUGACAAGCUGCGCGCCCUUGGGCUGGAGGAUUACAUCGACAACGAGGCCAUCGAGUACUGGGGCGGCUUCGGCAUCGAUAAGAUCGCCAUGUCGCCAUGUAGUAAUGGGGAGCUGGUCUCCUGCUACAGCUUCUAUCCGGCCGAAUAUAAUGAGCUGCGUGAGGACGGGUGGAAUAGUAGGGCUACACCACAGCAGUUGGUUGAUGCGUUUCCCCGGGUUGGAUGA